UUGCUUCCCAGGCAGCUGAAAUAGACCAAUACGGAGCGGGGUGAACCUGCCGUGGCAGCGAUGGGACGAGCACGGAGAAAUGACAGCUUGGGCAGGAAUUUGGGCUGAACUGCAUCCCAUCACAGACAGGGCUGCAACUGUCCGCUCGGUCCAACUAUGUGACAGCUGGCAUUUUCUCCCUUCCGAGGCAUUAUAGUCUGCUUUUAAAAAAUAAUAAUUUAAAUCUAAGAAUGGAUUCCGUUGAAAUUGGUGCUAAAGUUGACCCGGCGGUGUCCUUUGGAUGUUGCAGUGCUCCGUCUGAAACUGGACUAUAUUUCAGUGCUUGUGGAAGUGCUGCCUCUCUCCGUGUGGGACGGUGAAAUAAUUUGCAUCUGUAAUGACGGGAGCGAGUGUGAAGGAGAUACCGGAAUCACCUCUCGGACCGACGAACUGUGUGCGCCGCCGUUCACUCUGAAUUUCUCCAGGAUUUCACCCUGCUGCUACAGACACUGGAUACUUUCCAGUGCACUGUUUUAUAGGUAGACUUUUUUUUUAUUUUAUUUUAUUUUUGCAUGUUGUUUUUUGUCCGCCCAAAAUAGACCAUAGCCGGUAAUCCACACGUGUAUUACAAUCGUUCAGUAUAACGCGCUUAAAUCGUCAAAUUACACUUUUUGUUGUAUUGUGUGGAAGUGGGGCUAUUGCGGAUUAAAUGGACAUAAGGCUGCUCCACAUAAUAUGAACGUCCCCUCUGAGCUGCCAUUAGUCCUCUAUAACUGUCCGCGUGCACUGGUCCAGCACAACAUUUUUGAUUAUGACUCUUGUCACCAGCUGGGCAGAGAGCAUUCACCUUUGAAUAGCUGGUAAUGAAUGACAUAAAGAAUCACACAAAAGAUAAUAUGACGCCAAGAUGUAACAUUAGUAGUAUUUGUUAAUUAUUUAGCUCAUAAUUAACCGGAGCCUUUUACGCGCACCUCUCCAAUGGAUGCAUGUCGCCAAAAGGUCAAGUCCUUAUGUGAUAAAAGCGCAUUAAGGAGGCGAUGACUUGUAACUUGACCGCAUGAAAACAUCAUUGCACGGAUAAAGGAAAGUUAUUGUAGCUGUACUUGUUUGAUGAAGUUGCGUUUACGCACCGGAAAGCAUGCGCUCAACAAAUAGGAAGAUCUUCUAGGCCUGGCUUCUACUUCUUUUCUGAAAGUAGUUUUGCAUCAAAGAUGCAUGGCUUUUUUCCCUUUUUUUUUUUUUUUAACGAGACCGUCUGCUAUGAAUAAGCACUUUUUAAUCUGGUAAGCUUUUCUUUCUGCAAAACAUGAUGUGGAUCCACCUGGUGUGAUUUUCUUGCUGUUUCCAUGCGUCUUUCUUCUUCUCCAGACCUCUGGACGUUGUUGUGGAUUGUGUUGCUAUUUAAUGCAAUGGGCUGUAUCCAGAGUAUCAGGUGUAAGCCCAAGAGUUUCCGAGACAGUAUCAUCGUCCUGGAGGUGAACACUUCCAUCGACCCCAACCCCACCAGCAUCGACGAGUCAUCCAGCGUGGUCCUGCGCUACCGGACACCGCACUUCCGAGCUUAUGCCCGGGUCCUUGUGCCGCCAGUCGCCAGUAAAGAGACAUGGACCAUUGGCUGGAUUCAAGCCUGUAACCACAUGGAGUUCUACAAUACGUAUGGAAACAAAGGGAUGUCAAGUUGGGAGCUCCCCGACCUGCGUGAUGGCAAAAUCCAGGCCAUCAGCGACUCGGAUGGAGUGAACUACCCGUGGUACGGCAACACAACGGAGACCUGCACCGUGGUGGGCCCCACCAAGAAGGACAGCAAGUUCACCGUUAGUAUGAAUGACAAUUUCUACCCCAGCGUGACCUGGGGUGUGCCCGUCAGCGACAGCAACGUGCCUCAGCUUAGCAGCAUCCGCCGCGACCAGAGCUUCACGACGUGGCUGGUGGCCAUUAACCCGGCCACCUCAGAGACACUCGUGCUGCAGACGAUCCGCUGGAGGAUGCGGCUUCACAUCCACGUGGACCCAGAGAAGCCUCUGGGUGACAGGGCUGCGCUGAACGAGCCCGUGACCCAGGAACAACCCCAGAUCCUGGGCAAGAAUGAGCCCAUCUCCUCGAACGCCAUGGUCAAGCCCAACGCCAAUGACGCCCAGGUGCUGAUGUGGCGGCCAAAGAACGGUGACCCCAUGGUGGUCAUCCCACCUAAAUACUGACCUGCUUCACUGACCAGACUGGCCUUGGAUACCUUAAUCGUAUCAUCUCUUAUUUCGUCUCUUUCUUUUGUUCCUGCUCGUCACCAGCUCUCACUGCUUUAACCCUUUCCCUUUUUUUUGCCUCUAUAUUCUUCUCUCUUGUGUUAAACAACAACAACAAAAAAGAAAUAGAGAAAAACUGGCAAACGAAACCACCUCUGAGUAAGCUCUGACCAGGUGUGGUGGGAGGGGAGGGGUGAGGUGGAAGGGGCUUGAACACACUUUUGAGACUGGAGUGAACAAACUGCAACCAUUCUACCUUCAAACUGGGUCGGGUCGCACUGUGCUAAAUGAAAUCUUUUUAUUAUUUUUAUUUCAGUUUUAUAUUUUGGCUGUUUCGGGCCAAGUGAUAUGGCGUUUGGGUGGAUCUAAGUAUUUACAUGUGCACAAACCUCGUGUAUGAAUACCAGUUGUGUUUUUAUUUAUGGGCUGGGAAGAGUGCAUUUAAUUUUGUUUGUUGUUGCAUUGGGUGACAUACUAGAUUUUAGGACUUUUAAAAAAAACAAAAAAAAACAACAACAACAACAUGCAAGACAUUCAAUCCAUGCUGCCUUAAGUUUACAUCGCUUUUCAUUGCAAACUUUUUUGCCUUAAACACAGUGCAAUGCAGUAUUUUUGCUCAAAUCGUCCAGUCUCUUCCAGACACGCUGGUGCUGGACUGUGUGGGUUUGAGAACACGGACACGAUACCACAGAAGAAGAACCCCGGGUCUGAAAGGCUUUUAUGUGCAGUUGCAUUUACACGACAGAUGUAUUGUCUCACGAGUUCAACCAGCAUUACGCGUAAACACAGUUACACAACCAGUUGUGUUUCCAGUGCGUUAUGCAACAGACGUGAUGCUCUGUACUGAUACAGAGAACACCGGUAAAGCCAACCCUCGUCCGUAGCACUCGACACAAUGACGUGCGAGAGCAACUUGAGCACAUCGUACUCAACAGCACUCGUCAGCUAACCUCGUUUCAUUCACCUUAUUCUGUUUGGAGGCAUUGCCUUCAACAUCAGAACACGUGUUUUCCUUCCUCUGCAUCGCUUCCAUCUCAGGGCCCCUUUUUCCCUUCCGUCCCGUCUCUCGUUGCAUCAAUCCUGUCCGACGGACUCUUUUCUCGCCACAGUGAGUAACUGUGUUUGCACCGCUCACGUCGAUACUUUGAUUAAUACGCAGCCACACAGACAGGAGAAAUAACCGGAUGCUUAAUAACUGGAGGAUGACAGCGGCAGGAUAUUUGCUGCUGCGCUGUCAAUCUGGACAAUCCUCGACAUAUUUCUAUUUAUAAUUGUGGCCUUCCUUUAAAUCAAUAACACCCCUUUUUCUCUCUGUAAAACCAACAUCAAAACGUGUCUCUCGUGCUGACGGUAGUCAUGUCCCUCAUCCUCCGUCACCUGUAGUCUUCAUCUGCCCCAGCAGAGCAGAGCAGGAGGCACGCAUGUUUGAUCCCGGCUGCUCGGUCGGCAUAUAGAUGACCCACUUCUCUGCCCAUGUGGGGGUUUGUCUCCCUUUAUUUUACCGCCAGCAAAUAUAAGACACAAACACGCAUACACAAACAGCUCUGGUCAGCUCGAUAUCAACAUUAAAUGAGAUGAUGCCUGCUUAAUCUUUAAAAAAAAAAAAAAAGAAGAAAAAAAAAAGUGCUUCAGCUGCAAA